GUGGAGUUAGCUUUAGCUGUUAGCAGGAGAGCGUAACAGUGAGAAUUUAGGCGGCUAAGCUGCAGGUGAACCCGCGCGCACUCAGAAUGUUUGGUCUUUAAUGUUUGCCUCAAAGUCCAGGACCAGGACCAGGACCAGGAGCAGGAUGGAGGAGGAGCAGCAGAACCCGGAGCCGCGGAGCAACAACGUCUCCAGAGGAGCCGCAGCAGGCUCGUCCUCUCAGAAGCAGAAAGGACGAAAGGGACUCGACCGCCACCGCUGUCAGUUCUGUGACAAAUCCUUCCAAAGAUGGAGGUCUUUACAGAUUCACGAGAGAGUUCACACAGGAGAAGAUCUCCAGAGCUGUGACCAAUGUGGGGCAACCUUCACAACGUUUAGUAACUUAAGACGACAUCAACGCAUUCACACAGGAGAAAAACCGUACAGCUGUGAUGAAUGUGGCAAAACUUUCUUGACAUCGGAUGGACUUUUGAAACAUCAUCGUGUUCACACAGGAGAGAAACCGUACAGCUGUGACCAGUGUGAGAAAACUUUCACGACAUCAGGUAACCUUCAAAAACAUCUACGCAUUCACACAGGAGAGAAACUGUACUGGUGUUCCCAGUGUGGGAAAACUUUCACUCAGAGCGCUCACCUUAAGAUCCACCAGCGCAUUCACUCUGGAGAGAAACCAUACAGCUGUGACCAAUGUGAGAAAACUUUUGCCCAUAAAAGCAACCUUAAAAUUCACCAACGCACUCACACAGGAGAGAAACUCUUCAGCUGUGAUCAAUGUAGGGCGACUUUCACAAGGUUUGACACGUUAAGAAGACACCAACUGAUUCACACAGGAGAGAAACCGCACAGCUGCGACCAGUGUGAGAAAACUUUCACGACAUCAGGUGGACUUAUUAAACAUCAACGUGUCCACACAGGAGAGAAAUCGUACUGGUGCGACCAGUGUGGGAAAAUUUUCGGGACAUCUGGUCACCUUAAAAAGCAUCAGCGAGUUCACACAGGAGAGAGGCCGUACAGCUGUGACCUCUGUGGGAAAACGUUUUCUCAGAGUAAUCACCUCAAAGUCCACCAACGUAUUCACACAGGAGAGAAACCGUACAGCUGUGAUGUCUGUGGGAAAGCUUUCUCCAAAAGCGGUAACCUUAAAGCCCACCAACGCACUCACACGGCAUCAUCUUAAACUCCUGCCUCCUCGUGCUCUGACAGCUGAACUUCUCUCCUCAGUGAAAACUGACCAACAGAAACUUCAUUUUCGAAUCAGAACGUUCUUAUUAAAAAACGCGUCAGCGGAAGUUUGUGGUUUUGUUUGAGAAACGAGUUCUGUUUUCUCUGGUGAUAACAUCCCAGUAACCAUAGCGAUGGACGUCCGAAACAUCGGCAGCUUCACUUCUAUCGCAGCCGCUCGAUAAAGCUGAUUGAAUAUUGAUUUCUCCGUCUGGUACCAGAGUGAAGACGAUCUCGGUCUCUUCCUCCGACCUCACACACAGAGCCACGUUUGGAAAAGUCAUGUGACUUUGUUUUUCUUCUUCUUUGGUUUUAUUGGCGGUUUCCAUCCUAAAGUCGGAUUACUGCCGCCUGCUGUCACACAUCACAUGAUCUGUAAAAGCAGAAAAAGUGUUUCCAUCGCAGGUUUGUAAAAGAUGGAUUUGUCGAGUCGCCUGAAAUUUCACCUCGUGAGCGUAAAAAACUUUUUUCAAUAAAUGGGAGUUUGUUUUUUUUUAAAUUGUGUUUCCGUUCAGCUCAUUUUGUUUUCACUUUUUCGGUUUGUGCAGUUUGAGGGUUAACGGGAGCCCGCCUACGGAGUCUGAAGGCCCUGACACACCGACGGUCGGCCCCUGCACUCGUCGGGCCCCUCGGGGCCGCGC